GGAAGGGCGCACAGCGUAGCAGGCGGUAUGCGGGAGGAGACAACCUUGGCGCAGGCGGCUCACGGGGAGGUCCGGGGACCCGAAGAGGAGCAGCAGGGUGGAGGAGACUUCCCCGGGGCUGCUGGAGGUGGCGGUGGCUGCUGCAGCAGUGAGCGCCUGGUGAUCAACAUCUCGGGGCUGCGAUUUGAGACACAAUUGCGCACUCUGUCUCUGUUUCCUGACACACUUUUGGGAGACCCCGGGCGCCGAGUCCGCUUCUUUGACCCCUUGCGCAAUGAGUACUUCUUUGAUCGCAACCGACCCAGCUUCGACGCCAUCCUGUACUACUACCAGUCUGGGGGCCGGCUACGGAGGCCCGUCAACGUGCCUCUGGAUAUCUUCCUGGAGGAGAUCCGCUUCUACCAGCUGGGUGAGGAGGCCCUGGAGGCUUUCCGGGAGGAUGAGGGCUGCCUUCCAGAGGGUGGUGAGCACCAGAAGCCCUUGCCUUCGCAGCCCUUCAAACGUCAGGUCUGGCUCCUCUUUGAAUAUCCUGAAAGCUCAGGCCCAGCUAGGGGCAUCGCCAUUGUCUCCGUACUGGUCAUUCUCAUCUCCAUAGUUAUCUUCUGCCUGGAAACCCUGCCCCAGUUCCGGCCAGACCCCAGAAGCAGAAGUGAUGGUGGGAGGGUACAUUCAGGUGGCCCAGCCCCCAGAGGGAGUCAGGAAGAAGAUGAGGGAGACCACUCAGUAUAUAAGCUGUUAAAUCCCAGUGUCAUUGUCCAGGGAGGAGUUGUAUCAGGACCUGGACCAUCAUCCCAACUGAUCCCACUUGGGGGUCCUCCAGAGUCUGGCUCUUUCUUCACAGACCCUUUUUUUCUGGUAGAGACCCUCUGCAUAGUGUGGUUCACCUUUGAGCUGCUGGUUCGUUUCUCUGCCUGCCCAAGCAAGCCAGCCUUCUUCCGCAACAUCAUGAACAUCAUAGAUUUAGUGGCCAUCUUCCCUUACUUUAUCACCUUGGGCACAGAGUUGGUGCAACAGCAGGAACAGCAGCCUGGAAGCGCUGGAGGAGGUGGCAGCCAGAAUGGGCAGCAGGCCAUGUCCCUGGCAAUCCUGCGAGUCAUUCGCCUGGUCCGAGUUUUCCGCAUCUUCAAACUUUCCCGACACUCCAAAGGUCUCCAAAUCCUGGGCAAGACGUUGCAGGCCUCCAUGAGGGAGCUCGGGCUCCUCAUCUUCUUCCUCUUCAUUGGAGUUAUCCUCUUCUCCAGUGCUGUCUACUUUGCUGAGGCUGACGAUGAUGAUUCACUCUUUUCCAGCAUCCCUGAUGCCUUCUGGUGGGCAGUGGUCACCAUGACCACAGUUGGCUAUGGGGACAUGUACCCCAUGACUGUAGGGGGCAAGAUUGUGGGAUCUCUGUGUGCCAUUGCAGGCGUCCUCACCAUUGCCCUACCAGUACCGGUCAUUGUCUCCAACUUCAACUAUUUUUACCACCGUGAAACAGAGCAAGAGGAACAAGGCCAAUAUACACAUGUCACAUGUGGGCAGCCUAUACCAGACCUGAAAGGAUUGGGUGGGGGACUUGGCAAACCAGAUUUCUCUGAGAUUGCUCCAGAACGGAGACCCAGCUACCUUUCCACCCCACAUAGGGUUUAUGCAGAAAAAAGGAUGCUAACAGAAGUUUGAUCAUUGAGAGAGAGAAGUUGGGGAUUGAGGGGAAUGGAGUAAUAAAGAACUGCAGUAGUUUUAUAGUCACCCCCUAUCUAGAACCAAGGUCUUCAUCAUUCCCUCUAACUGGAGUGACAUAGAUGGCUGAACUGUGAAACCCUAUUGCCUGGACCUCUGACUCCAGUGACCAGAAGGAUGUCUCUUGAUAUUUAAGAUACAUGAUACACUUCCAGGGGUGUCAUCUGAUCAUUCUUACUUUCCUAACAACUCUAUGGAAUAUCUUAUCUCAUUAUACUACCUGAAGACUGAUUUUUCCAUGCUUUGUCUGUAGUCUCAAAAGAACUAGAACUCUUGGGACCACUUUGGCACUCCCAACCUUAGUUUUCAUCUGCUGAAUUUCCAUCCAAAGAUGGAGGGUCAGGAACAACUCACUCAAUCAACUAUUUUUAUAUGGUGCCCUUUGUCAUCUAUCUAUUCAGAAGACCCUGCCUUUAGCAUCAUGGAUCUAAAACAUUCUAAUCAUCUCUAAGUUUAACUAGGAUGACAGAUUUCAGGAUCUAACCUUACCAUUUAGAAGAUAUAUAGGGAAAUCUAAAAACAGUAGGAUGAUGAUGAUGAUGAUGAUAAUGAUGAUGAUGAUGAUGAUGAUGAUGGUGUGUGUGUGUGUGUGUGUGUGUGUGUGUGUGUGUGUGUGUGUGUUUUGGUACAAACAUGCAACCCCUGAUCCAGGUUUCUCCACUUCCAGGAGAAUUGGUUCUCAAAGCCGAAUAUUAGUUAUAUGCAAGUGCCUUCCCAUGCAAAGGGAAUGGGGACCAGGGAAUCACCAAGUCCAGAGAAGCACAGAAAUGGAGUCACAUAUAACCCUUGGUUCAGUUUUUUGCCUCUGAAAGGCUGUAACAUCUUGGUGCACAGUACAGUUUUCUCUAUUGCCCUAACUGCUACACAGUAGCAGCUUUCACUGGCUCAUCCGCCCAAAAUGCUUCCAAGCCCUCCACAGCUGCCACAUAGACUCAAUGUUCUCCCUCUAACCUGGACAUUUAAACUUGGGGAUGCCUCUGAUGUUUUGCUAAAGCAAACAUCUGGCUUAAGCCCCCAGAUUGGCAGAUGCAAGGAUAUUGUAAAGUGGCCAAAGAAAAGAUUUCUGAGCCUCCACAACUGUUUUCUCUUUUCAUGGGCAAUAGGAAAUACCUAUGUUAAGAAAUUAGCAAUUAUUCUUUAUGGGCAAUCCUAUUGUUAGAAUCUUUUUGUUCAGUUAGAUGAGCAUUUAUGAACCAUAUAGAUCAUAUAGAAAGAGUACUGAAUUUGGCAUCCGAGAUCCUGGAUUCCAAACCUCCUGCCACUUAGUACUUAGAUAACCUUGGACAAAACUUCGCCUCAAUUUUCUCAUCUAUAAAAUGAGGCAUUGGACUUGAUGAUUCCUAGGGCCCCUUCCUGCUCUAAAUCUGUGACUCCGUAACUGUCAUUCAUUUCUCUUUUAAGAUUUUGAUCCUCCAUGCACCUAGGAACUCUCCUUUUGUUUUUCUAUAGGGUGAGGUAUUAGUCACAUCUCUUCUGUGUGAAUUUCAGAAUCAUGAAAGACUAUCAGCCAGGUUUUGAUUUUCUUUUUAAGGUUUGAGAUUGCUUGGCAGAGACUUCUUUUCCCUCUAGGUGUGUCUAAUGAUGGAUGUCCUUUUAAGGACAAUUUUAAUGAGUUGCACCCUAGAUUAGAAGUUGACAGAUUCACAUUUUAGUUCCAUUCUAACUUCCUUGGGUGACUUGGGGCAAAUCACUUUCCCUCUCUGUACCUCAGUUUCCCCAUCUCUUAAAUGGGGAGUAUAAUCCUUCCCUCUCCCUACCUCAUGAGACAUCUCAAUAAACUUUUCUGGUCAGAUUGGAGAUGAUGCUAUGCAAGCAUAUGAUCUUAUUAACAGGCAUUGGCACCUUAGUCUUUGCCUUCUCUCUCAAUCUUAGCCAAGGAACAAUUCCCUCUUCUCCCCUUCCUGUAUGAGUUCCUAGAUUUCAGAUCUAAAGCUAAAGGCAAGGAGAAUGUCAAAAAGAAGCAUAUUUGAGUUCUCAAACUUCUUAAAUCCCUCCUCAGUGUUGGGGCUGGUGCAGUCCUUACUUUCUCAUCUUCUCUGGAGGAGAAAAGGGAUUAUCUGGUCUCAACCAGUAUCUUUCAAGGAUAAGGGACAGCUGCAGCUCCCCUAAGUUUGAACUACAGCUGGGGUAAAGCAGUUUUUUGAUUCGGUAACAUGCCGUCUAGAUAAGAGUUGUUUUUCUGAAGCCCUUCAGUUACAUCUGCUGGCCAGUUAGAGAGGGGAGCAUUAAAGACACGGGGACAAAGGAAGAGUCCUGACCAUGGAUAAAUAUGUGAGUGUAUGUAUAUAUAAUCCUAUUCAUAAUCUAUUACAAAACAUUUCCUUUUCAAGACAGUGCACAUAUGAAGUUAAGGGUUUGUGGAAAACUGUUAUUUCAAGGGAUUCCUGUUGUCAUAACAGCCUUUCAGCCUGUUUUCAUAUCUUCUGACUGGGAGACCAAACGGAAACAGCACAGUCCUGGUUUCCCAAAUAGAGAGACCUUGAUGAUUCUUUUAGGUGCUACUGGUGGCCAGGGCAGGGCAUAUGGUUGGUCAGUCCCUGACAUGGAUCAAAUGAAUCAUCAAACUUCCUUUGGUCCUUCUUUCAUGCUACUUUGCCAGCUCUGGCCUCUCAGCUUCCUCAGUCACUUCUGCUUACCCUUCACUCACCUGUGUGCUUGUUACCUGUUUGAGAAACCAUUGCUAACAUGGACUCCAGAAAAACACAGGGAUGUCUUGGAGGGGAGGAGUCUUACUUGGAAAGAAGAGGCUUUCUGACGGGAUGAUGUCUCUUUCCACUCAGAAGAUGGCUAUUCUCAGGUCUCAUAGAUAGAAACAAGUAAAUCCUCCUUCUCUUCAGAGAACUUCCCAGCUGCUAAAAGGGAAUUCUUUAUAAACAUGACACUAAAGAAAAGUUUCAUAGACUAAAACCUUUGGAGGCUGUGGCUCAAGCCUAGUUUCUGUGAGGUUUAUUAAAUGUAGUCUUCUGAGACUUUUGUCUGCUUCCUGGGCUUUUGUUGCUACAGCUGUUGCUGUGGCAGUCGGACAACUCCAUUGGGAAGACUGUGAUGCUCAAGCCAUCUGGGUCCCUGAGCAUGGACCCAGCCAAUGCCCCAAAGGAAAUUCUGGGGACUUCCAACAAGAGGCAAUGACACAUCUCUGCAGAGAGACUUGAGCUCUUCCUGUUUCAUCCCACAGGAGAGGAGGGAGUAAGAGCUGCUGUUUCGUUUAAGGCAAGCUAAGUGUGUAUAACAUGGCCCCAAGGAAGGAAACACCCACAUUUGUAUAGCAGCUCCUGAGAGAAAAGAAGACCUUGGAUGGCCAAGUUGAUCCUUGGACUGACUCCAGUUGCACAUUUCUCCUAUGGUUUUCUAUGAACACAGUCUAGUCUGCAAGAAAGAGAGACAUGAUGAUAUCUGUUGUCCAUGACGAUUAGGAUCCAGAAGAAGGAAGAAGUCCAGUGCCAUGGGAUGGAUGUAUCUCCAGUUUUUACUUCUCUACCUCCUAAAGCAUCCCAAAGGGGAAGAGACUCCAGACCUCACAGUAACACAUGUUUCAGUGUCUCCCAGCCUGUUUACAGUAAGGUCAUCCAGGUUUGCAAACCAAAUGACUCUUACUCCAUUGGACAAGACUGUUACUUCUAUGUUCAACUGUUGAUUAUUUGCACUCAAGAAGAGAGGCUGUAGGAUGAGUAAUCGCUAGCAACAAAUGAGAUGAAAGUCGUUUCCAUUGGACUUUGGAUGUUUUUAUUGCAGUAAAUUUGCCUUCCAAAUUAAGUUUGCUGUACUAUAAUGUAUAUUGAUUUAUAUUCCUUGAGCAUUUUAUAAGCUGUAUGAAAAGGCAAUUUAGAGGCUCCAUGUGCCUCAAUUUCCUCAUCUAUAAAAAAGGAUAAUGAUGCUUAUACUACCUACCUCACUGUAUUGUCGUGAGGAAAACUAACAGUAUUUGCAGAGGUGGAGGACUGGGUAUGGAACAUUGUGGGACACCCUGUCAGAUCAAAAGCACCCUGCUUGAUGCUUUGGUCAAAUUUGAAAUACUCCUUUUUUUUUAAUCCAUUAUUUUUUGUUAUAAGGGAUGACUCACUGAGGAGGGGGGGAUAGAUAUAAUUGGAAAUGA